AUGCGAGUGCUGGCAGAGAUCCUCCCCAAACCUACACUCUGGGCUGAGCCAGGCUCUAUGAACCCCUGGGGUAUGCUGGUGAUCAUAUGGUGUGAAGGCAACCUGGAGGCCCAGGAGUACAAUCUGUUUAAAGAGAGAAGCUCAGCACCUUGGGACACACAGAAGCCUCUGCAGUCCAGCAACAAGGCCAAGUUCUCCAUCACGUACAUGACAGACCUAAAUGCAGGGAGAUAUCACUGUAACUAUCACAGCCCUGCUGGUUGGUCAGAGGACAGCGACCCGUUGGAGCUGGUGGUGACAGCAGCCUACUUCAAACCCAGCCUCUCAGUCCUGUCCAGACCUGUGGUGACCUCAGGAGAGAAUGUGAUCCUCCAGUGUGGCUCAUGGCAGGAAUAUGACAGGUUCAUUCUGACUAAAGAAGGAGAACACAAGGUCUACUGGACCCUUGACUCUCAGAGACAUCCCAGUGGGCAAUUACAGGCCCUGUUCCCUGUGGGCCCUGUGACUGCCAGUCACAGGUGGAUGUUCAGAUGCUAUGGCCAUUACAGUAACCAACCUCAGGUGUGGUCAGAACCCAGCGAUCCCCUGGAGCUCCUGGUAUCAGGGAUGUCCAGAAAGACAUCCCUCAUGAACAAACACAGCCCUAUCUUGGCCCCUGGAGGGACCUUGAACCUCCAAUGUCACUCUGCAUGUGGCUAUGACAUAUUUUCUGUGAAAAGAGGAGGGCAUGACCUCACCCAGCAGCAUGUCCAGCAGCCCCAGGCUGGGCUCUCUCAGGACAAAUUCCCACUGGGACGUGUGAGCAGCUCCCAUGGGGGACCCUCUGGGGUACCAACACCCCUAUAUUCAGGUCCCAUCUCAACCGAUGGACUGCAGUCAUACCAGCUGGUUCUGAUCGGGAUCUCAGUGGCCUUCCUCCUGCUGCUGCUCCUCCUCUUUCUCUACUGCUUCUGUCAUGGACAUCAGGGAAAAUGCAGGAGGUCAGCCCACAGAAAGGCCGACUUCCAACAUCCUGCAAGGGCCAUGGAGCCACUGUCCAGGGACAGAGGACUGCAGAAGAGCUCCAGCAAAGCUUCUGAAGUCCUGGAUGAAAACCUUUAUGCAGCUGUGAAGGACACACAGACUGAGUACCAGGUGGAGCUGAACAGUGAGGGCCCACCUGAGGAAGACUCCCAGGGAGUGACCUACAUCCAGGUGAAGCACUCCAGACUCAGGAGGGGAAGGGCUGCCUGUCAUUCCCUGAUGUCAGGGGAAUUCCUGCACACGAAGGACACACUGGCUGCUGCUCCUAAGGGUCCUCAGGAAGUGACCUACGCCCAGCUGGCACUCAGACAGGGAAAAUUGCACCUCCUUCCUCCCAGUCAGAGGAGCCCAACUGAGACCGGGGAGCUCACUGCUCUGGCGUCCACCACUGGGAGACCAUGA